AUCCGAUCCAACCAAGCAAGUGCCCCCCUCAAUGAACCAUGACCUCUUCUGCUGUCUAUAAUCAUCGUCCACUCCAGCCGUCAUCUGGGCGGUUGAACCCCACUCAAGCUACUGGCAGCACAGUGUCAACGCGUCUUGUUGACACAUUAGACAUCAUCAAACAGGAAUUCGAAGCCAUGACGAGCGAAAUAGAAAGCAUACAGUCUCAAAAAGACGACCUCGAAUCAAAAGUGGCGUCGCAACUCUCCGAACUCAACGUAAUAAGGAGGUCCCUCUACGAACUAGAGUCACAGCACGGUAAAACACGACAGUUGUACGAAGAAGAGCUGAGCAGGCUACGACUCGAGCUCGCGGCGACGCAACCACCGCCCGCUCGACCCUUGGGCAUACAGGGUCUUCCGAGUGUUUCGGGAAGUCAAAGUUCAGACGUCUUGAUCGCAUCUGCGUCAGCGUCCGCACGCCACGAGGCAAAGAGCUCAGUUGACGGUGACGAUAGGAGAAGACCGAGGGAGUUCAAUCGUAAUAAUAGUCGAGAGCGGGAAAGGGGGGUGGAGCGCUCCCUGGAUGGUCGUGAUCCUAAGCGGCCCAAAAUCAAGAACGAGCAGACCGGCCAACACACGCCGUUCUUGCCCUCGGCGUCUGCCCCGAAAUUGCCACCCUCACAUACGCUCUAUGCACGCUCCAGCUCUUCCCAUGGCUACGACUCGCCUGAUCAGAGGAGUUCACUUCCCCCCCUCAACGUCGCACCUGAGGAGUUCACGCUUCAAUCUGUUCCUCCGGAGUAUAGGAAAGAAGGACCCGAUUGGUUUGCGGUGUUUAAUCCCAAACUGAAGAAAGCGCUUGAUAUUAACCUCGUUCAUACUUUCAAUCACACGAGUGUGGUUUGUUGUGUACAGUUUUCGGCAGAUGGUCGAUAUCUGGCAACGGGAUGUAAUCGCACAGCGCAGAUCUUCGACACGAAGACCGGAGAGAAAGUUUGCGUUCUCGUGGACGCAAAUGUUGCAGAGCAAGGAGACUUGUAUAUUCGCAGCGUACGGUUCAGUCCUGACGGCAAACUGCUCGCGACAGGGGCUGAGGACCGACGAAUUAGGAUAUGGGACAUUGCCAAGAAACGCAUUCGACAUAUUUUUGAUGGUCAUCAGCAAGAAAUUUACUCUCUAGAUUUUUCUCGGGAUGGACGUCUCAUCGUUUCAGGCUCUGGCGAUAAAACGACCCGUAUCUGGGAUAUGUACGACAACUCUUGCAAAAUCCUUACCAUUACCGAUGCCGACUCCCUCAACAACGACGCUGGCGUCACUUCAGUAACAAUCUCUCCAGACGCCUCGUUAGUCGCAGCUGGCAGCUUGGACAGCAUUGUUCGUAUAUGGGACGUUGCGUCGGGGACCCUGCUUGAGCGGCUACGAGGCCACAGGGAUAGUGUAUACAGUGUGGCGUUCACACCUGACGGGAAAGGUUUGGUGAGCGGAAGUCUGGACAAGUCCUUGAAAUACUGGGAUGUCAGUGUUCUUGCCUCGGAAUGGGCCAGAAGCAAGGCAGAGAAUGCAACACGCAAAUCCACGCCUACUUUGUCGGGGCGAUCUAGCUCCAUUGAUAGGCCGGCAAUCUCACCAUGUACGAUGGAUUUCGUGGGCCACAAGGAUUACGUUCUUUCUGUUUCCGUACCCUCUGACAAUAGGUGGGUAGUAUCGGGCUCCAAGGACCGGUGCGUCCACUUCUGGGAUGCUCGAAAUGCAUCUUUGCAGUUCUUACUCCAGGGUCACAAAAAUUCAGUCAUUUCCCUUGAUCUGAAUCUAAUGGGAGGAUUGCUCGCCACGGGGAGUGGCGAUAAUUUGGCCCGAAUAUGGAGUUAUAACACCGUUUGACCCACAUCAAUAUCCCACUUCUGCAAGGUGCAGCAAUGAUGCUUCCCUACCUUGUUUUCCACACCCCUGCAUGUACUUACGUUAUCUUUUACUGUUGUCAUCCGCUCUCCUCGAACUUCAUAUCGCUACAACACUCCUAAUCAUCUAAGUUCAUGUACAAAAUCAUACUUUCAGUCAU